GUAACUUCAACUAUGUUAUUUCCACCUAGAGCGGCCCUUAAAAAUCCCGACAAAAGUACAUGGAAAGAUAAUCAAGAGCACCCUUAAAAUCCCCAAAGAUGAUUUAUAUGUAACUCUGAAGCGUUAAUGCUCUAAUAAAUUUUUCUAGGUUGCAGGCGUUAACGCCCACCAUUUGUGAAUCUGUGUCGUUCACUAAUCACAACUAUCCGACUUUAUUCCAGGAGUUUAACUCAUUAUGCAGCAGGGUGGAGGUGUUGACACUGAGGUGACUUGGGAGGACCAACAGAAUAUCAAUAAGUUUGGCAGGCUUAAUAAUAGGUUUCAUGAACUGGAGGAUGAGAUCAAGGCUAAAAAGGAAAUGACAGAAAACCUUGAAGAUGCAAGCAAUGAGCUUAUACUGGCCGAUGAGGAAAUUGUAAGAUUUCAGCUUGGGGAAGUUUUUAGCCACAUGCCAAAAGAUGACGUUGAAAACAGGUUAGAAUUGCUCAAAGAGGAGACUACAAAAGAACUCGAAAAACUAGAGGAAGAAAAGGAAUCGGUUUUGUCACAGAUGGCAGCGCUAAAGAGAAUUCUAUAUGGAAAAUUCAAUGAUUCCAUUAAUUUGGAAGAGGACUAAUAAUCAAUCUUUUGCAAUUUUAUGUAAAAUGACAUGUUUAAUCUCCCAAGGAAUUUGGCCCACUUAUAUUUAUUUCUUAAAAUCUUGCAGUGAGAUCCAUACGAUUUGGUUGCCAGGUUGGCAUUUGAAAUAUGGCAUUAGUAUUUACUGAAUGCAAAUAGCAUAUCUCUCAUAAGAUCUUAUGGUCAGUGGGAAUUCCCAGUCUAACAGAGGUGCUCUGGGUACAUCUGUGAAUAAUUUGUACGGAAUGGUUGCUAGCUAUGUAUACUCUCUUUCACAAUUUUCAAUACUAGAUAUUAAUUCUUCAAUCAA